AUGAGUGACUUCAAUUACGGAGGCACAGACGAGGAGUCUGCCGAGAUCAAGAAGCUCAAUGCUGAAGUGCUCGAGGACACCGAUAACUUCGAGAAUUGGGAAAAGCUUGUUCGCGCUGCGGAGCAAUUGGAAGGUGGCCUAAACCGAAACUCCAGCCCCCAAGCGAUUGCAACCACACGAGAUGCCUACGAUAGAUUCCUAGCCAAGUUUCCGCUCCUAUUCGGCUACUGGAAGAAAUAUGCGGAUUUGGAGUUCUCCAUUGCUGGCACAGAGGCUGCUGAAAUGGUCUUUGAGAGAGGAGUCGCAAGCAUUACAACAUCUGUCGACCUAUGGACCGACUACUGCUCCUUCAAGGUCGAGACGAGCCAUGAUCCAGACGUGAUCAGAGAGCUUUUCGAACGUGGUGCUAGCUGUGUUGGCUUGGACUUCCUCUCUCAUCCUUUCUGGGACAAGUACCUAGAAUUUGAAGAACGAGUUGAGGGCCACGACAAGAUUUUCUCCAUCCUCUUUCGAGUCACCAAGAUUCCUAUGCACCAGUAUGCUCGUUACUUUGAGCGAUUUCGCCAACUUGCCCACACCCGUCCUCUAGCUGAGCUUGUACCAGCCGAGACAUUGGCUUCAUUCCGUGCCGAGGUUGAAGAUGACAAUUCUAAUUAUCAACAUGGCCCCAAAGGUGAAAUGGAGAUCGAACGAGAGGUCCGAACCAAGAUAGACAAUUAUCAUCUCGACAGCUUCAGUCGUACGCAAACUGAGACUACGAAGCGUUGGACUUAUGAGUCUGAGAUCAAGCGACCAUAUUUCCAUGUCACCGAGUUGGACUAUCAACAAUUGGCCAACUGGAGAAAGUACCUUGACUUUGAAGAAGCAGAAGGUGAUUACUCUCGAACAGUCUUCCUGUAUGAAAGAUGCUUGGUCACCUGCGCAUUCUAUGACGAGUUCUGGUUCCGAUACGCAAGAUGGUUGCUGGCACAAGAGAAGAAGGAAGAAGAAGUGCGAAAUGUUUACCAACGAGCCAGUACGCUUUAUGUACCAAUCGGCAGACCUGGUAUUCGUUUGCAAUACGCCUACUUUGAGGAGAUGUCUGAUCGUGUUGAUGUGGCUCGUGAUAUUCACCAAGCUAUCUUGGAUAUCAUGCCUGGUCACGUUGAAACAGUCGUGUCAUGGGCAAAUCUCGAGCGGAGACAAGCCGGUCUUGAGGCUGCUAUUCAGGUCUACAAGAAUCAGAUUGACAACCCACAAGUUGAUCUCUUUGCCAAGGCUGCAUUCGUUGCUGAAUGGGCGAUCCUACUGUGGAAGAUUCAAGGCUCUGUUGAUGAAGCACGACAGGUUUUCCAGAAGAACCAGCAGUGGUAUCUUCAAAGCCGACACUUCUGGAUGAAGUACCUCGAAUUUGAAAUUGCCCAACCAACGAGUGCUGCCACGGAGACUGAGCAUUACGCUCGCAUCAAGCAAGUUAACGGGGAUAUGAUCAACAGGAGUCGCAUGGCCUUGUCGACGAAGAAAGACCUGAGCAGCUACUACCUCGGUUAUCUACUACAAAGAGGCACCAAGGACGCCAUGAAGGAGUUCUUGAAGAUCGAUAAGGAGUUGAACGGACCUGUUUCUGUUCAGCCCGUCCACCUUCGGCCUACUGCUACCAGCUCCGGAAACCAAUCAUCCAGCAAGAGCUUAGAGAAUGGCCACGGUCCAGGUGAAGUUGACGAAGCUACUCUGCGAAAAGGGGAGGUCAAGUACAGCUCUUACUUCCAAGAAGCACGCGAGCUACCACCCAACGCUCAAGGCCUUGCACCAUUCCUUUGA